AUGGGUUGUUGCAUGUCAGCUGAAAAGUCUAAAGUCUACGAAGUAGUUCUCGAUCACAAUGGCGUAGCUCGCCGAGUUCCGUCAGGACAAGGCACACAUUUGAUCUACGAGUCUCAGUUCAAAGAAACACGCAUGGAACAGAAAUCCGAUGUACGUACUAUUAGCAGACAUACUGCCGUAUUACUUGUUUUUGAUUAG